AUGGAUGAACUUGCACUUCCAUUCCCGUUUGAAGUUGCCGUCUCAAGAUACCCGUCGCUGCACCAAUCACCUGCCACAAACCGUAGGUCAAUCACCACAGCUGCCCCGUCAAGCUACGUGGACACUGGGAGUCUGUGGGAAGUUCCAGACGACCAACCGAACCAGAAACCAACUGGCUAUCAAUUCCACAGUACCAUCGAAACCAUACCGGAAGAACAUUACGAAUUAGACACCGUUCUGGAGGGUCCGGAGCAGGAUGUCGAUCCGAUAUCAACCAUCGAAGAAGCCCCUCAAAACUGUGAGAACAUCUAUGCCGAAGACGAAAAUGCACUUCAACUUGAUCAUGGACCUGAUCCUGCGAUUGAUGUUGAAGAAGCCCCCCGAAUUCAAGAUGAUAUAAUUCAAGGGGAUGAGAAUAUACAUCCCAUCGAACCUACACACACCUCGCCAGAGGGGGUUUCUCCAUCGCAGCCGCAGAACGUCAGUAUAGUUGAGCCCAAGAAGCGGUCUCUAAACCGGGCGAAGAAAAACCAGAAAAAGAAAGUGAAGAGAGGAAAGACUACAUCGGCUGUCGUGCGGAAGACGGUUGAGUCCGAUGUCGAAGAUGAUGUGAUCUGGAUAAAUGAGGAGAAACCUAGGUCCGCUAUUAUAGAUGAUACAGACGCAUCCGAUGAUAUCCUCGAUCUUAAUGAUAACGAUAACCUGUUUACCCCGAAUUCCCUAGCUCACGAGGCUGAGCUAGUUCCUAAGUCUCUUCCAAAGAUCGAGGUACAAGUCCAAGUUCCUACGAACGUUGCUGAUAAAAGCGGACAAGCCGGCCCAGCGCCCAAGAAGCGAGGAAGGAAGCGGAAAAAAACAGACCAGGAAGAUAUUUCUCACCAGAAAUCACCGCCGCGGCCUGUCGAGUCAAUAAUUUCGGACGAUUCCGUUGAAAACCGUAAUAAUAAUAUCAUCCCUUCUGCAACCCCUCCACCACUUUCAUCUCCAGCGAUUGUCAACCAACAAACCCCUGAACCCAAGGCGGACAAUCACAACCUUCAUACAUCCGUCGAAAUCUCCGAAAGUUCCGUUGACAAGAAAAUUGAACCCGCCCCGCCUGCUGAGACUCCAAAGAAGCCGACUGUCAAGGGCCCAGAUAAACACAGUCCUAUAGCUGUCACCGCCAAGGUUGCCUAUCGUGUUGGUCUGAGUCGGAAAGCAAGGAUUGCACCUUUGCUCAAAGUGGUCAGGAAGUGA